AUGUCAAAUCUCUCAGGAGUUAUUCACUCACGUGGAGAAAACUGGAAGGUGAUGAGAAGAUUUACACUGACGACCUUGCGUGAUUUCGGAAUGGGGAAAAGUUCCAUCGAAGAGAAAAUUAUUGAAGAAUCUUCUUUCCUAAUUAAACGUUUUGAAUCUUUCAAAGGAAAACCAUUUGAUAAUCAGAUGAUGGUAAAUGCCGCGGUGUCUAAUAUCAUUGUGGCAGUAUUACUUGAACACCGAAUGGACUAUGAAGAUCCACAAUUUGAGAGGCUUAUGAGUUUGACAAAUGAAAAUAUUCGACUUUUGGGAACUCGGAUGGUUGGGUUAUACAAUAUUUUCCCAUUCUUGGGCUUUCUUCCUGGCAACCACAAAACUAUCAUAAAAAAUGUAGAAGAAAUGUGUGAAUUUUUUACACAAACAUUCAUAAAAUAUCAGAAGAACUUAGAUGAGAAUGACCAGAGAAGCUUAAUUGAUGCAUUUCUUGUGAAGCAAAAAGAGGAGGCUGGGAGCCCUCAUUCAUACUUCCAUAAUGAAAACCUAACAAGACUGCUAAGGAAUUUAUUUGCCGCUGGAAUGGAGACAACAUCAACCACUCUGCGCUGGGGUCUGCUGCUCAUGAUGAAAUACCCAGGGAUUCAAGAAAAAGUGCAACAAGAGAUCUCCAAAGUCGUUGGGUUAGCACAGCCUACGUACGACCAUCGGGUACAGAUGCCUUAUAUGAAUGCCGUCAUACAUGAGAUCCAGAGGUUUGCCGAUAUUGUGCCCCUCAGUGUUCCCCAUGAGACGACUAAAGACAUCACUUUUAGGGGAUAUUUUAUCCCAAAGGAAACCUAUAUAAUCCCUCUAUUAUCCUCUGUAUUGCGGGACAAGACGCAGUUUGAAAAGCCGGACGAGUUCUACCCAAAUCAUUUUCUAGAUUCCCAUGGACAUUUUAUAAAGAAAGAUGCCUUCAUGCCAUUCUCAGCAGGGCGUAGAGCCUGCGCUGGAGAAAAUUUGGCUAGAAUGGAGCUCUUCAUUUUUUUCACCAGCUUGCUGCAGAAAUUCACUUUCCGUUUUCCUCCCGGAGUCAGCGAUUCAGAUCUGAUGCCAGGCGUUGGAUUUACCAAUAUACCAAAACAGCACCACAUCUGUGCUGUGCCCCGAUUCUAGAAUACAUGUGGAAAUAGUUAAGGAACAGGCAUAAGAC